UAGUUCUUCCGAAUCAUGAAUCAAUUCACAGUUCACAGAACCUAAAAAAUUAACUUAGCACAUCGCCAUGGACACGUUGUUCCUUGUGAAGGAAAUUGCUGUGUCCAUUUUGAUCUUCUUCAUCACUCGUUUCUCCCUUCGUUCGGUUUUCAAGAGCCAUGGACGAAAGCUUCCACCGGGGCCACGAGGGUGGCCUGUGCUAGGAGCACUUCCUCUGAUGGGAAGCAUGCCUCACGUGACCUUAGCCAACAUGGCAAAAAAAUAUGGACCUGUUAUGUACCUCAAAAUGGGAACUAACAACAUGGUUGUCGCUUCUACUCCUGCUGCAGCCCGUGCUUUCCUCAAAACCCUAGACCAGAACUUCUCCAAUAGGCCUCCCAAUGCUGGUGCAACCCACUUGGCUUAUGGUGCUCAGGAUUUGGUGUUUGCUCCAUACGGAUCUAAGUGGAAGUUGCUUAGGAAACUAAGCAACUUACACAUGCUUGGAGGAAAGGCUCUGGAUGAUUGGGGUCCAAUUAGAGAGGAAGAAAUGGGGUACAUGCUUCGUGCAAUGUAUGAUUCUAGCAAGAGGGGUGAGGCUGUGGUUGUGGCUGAGAUGUUGACAUACUCUAUGGCUAACAUGAUUGGCCAAAUCAUACUGAGUCGUCGCGUGUUUGAGACCAAGGGUUCCGAGUCAAACGAGUUCAAGGACAUGGUGGUUGAGCUCAUGACCGUGGCGGGGUACUUCAACAUUGGUGACUUCAUACCCUUUUUGGCCAAGUUGGACUUGCAAGGCAUAGAGCGUGGGAUGAAGCAAUUGCACAAGAAGUUUGAUGCGUUGUUGACCAGGAUGUUUGAGGAGCAUGUGGCUUCCAGACAUAAGAGAAAGGGAAAACCUGAUUUCUUGGACAUGGUCAUGGAUCAUCAUGGUGAAGACGCCGAUGGGGAGAAACUCACUCUCACCAACAUCAAAGCUCUACUCUUGAACCUGUUCACAGCAGGAACAGACACAUCGUCGAGCAUAAUAGAGUGGGCCCUAGCGGAGAUGGUGAAGAACCCAAGGAUCAUGAAGAGGGCCCAGGAAGAGAUGGACGCAGUGAUAGGGCGCGAUCGGCGUCUCAGAGAAACAGACAUAGCAAAGCUUCCAUACUUCCAAGCCAUAUGCAAGGAAACCUACCGCAAGCACCCUUCCACCCCUCUGAACCUGCCACGUGUCUCGGCCCAGGCCUGCCACGUGAACGGGUUCUACAUCCCGGCGAACACUCGGCUGAGCGUGAACAUCUGGGCCAUAGGGCGGGACCCGCAGGUGUGGGAGCAGCCCUUGGAGUUCAGGCCCGAGAGGUUUCUGAGCGGGCCCAACGCGAAGAUCGACCCACGCGGGAACGACUUCGAGCUGAUUCCGUUCGGCGCUGGGCGGAGAAUCUGCGCGGGGACGAGGAUGGGCAUUGCGCUGGUGCACUACAUUUUGGGGACUUUGGUUCAUUCCUUUGAGUGGAAGGUGCCGAGUGAGGUUGGGGAGUUGAACAUGGAGGAGGCCUUUGGGCUUGCCUUGCAGAAGAAGGUCCCACUCGCUGCUUUGGUUAGCCCUAGGUUGACCUCAAGUGCUUAUAUUCCUUAGCCCUUACUCUUAUUAUGUAUCAAUAUCAUGCACUCUAAUGCUUUUCUACUUAAUAAGUGUCCAUUGUUGCACAUGCAUGCCUUAAUUAGUGUUUAUUGGAAUCCGUUACCCACCACCACCUACUUGCUUUUCAUUAA